AAAGAAAAUAAUCACUUAAAUGAAUGAGAACUUCUUAAUCGUUGGUAUUUAGAUUAUUUCUUUCAAUCGUUUCAACUUGAUUUCUUUAACUUUUCUGAAAAUGUUACGAUGGUUAACAAAUUGUUUAUUCACCUUAAUUAUUUUCGCCUUUCUACCAGAUAAUCGUGUUAAUUGUCAACUCUUAUUGUCACCAUUAAUCCAAUCAGGCCAAAUUGACGAGGCUCGUUCUCGCGCUAGAGUCAAUCUUCCGAAUGCCCCACCGGUGGAAAGUUACUCAGGCUAUUUAACUGUUAAUGAAGAAAAUGGAUCAAAUCUUUUCUUCUGGUUCUUUCCCUCCGUGAAUACCUCAGCUCCUGUUGGCCUUUGGUUACAAGGUGGACCUGGAUCUCCGUCUACUUAUGCUCUUUUCAAUGAAAACGGUCCUUACAAAGUACAAUCAAAUUUAACGUUAACUCUUCGUGAAUAUCCUUGGACCGAUUUGUUUGCCUAUCUUUACAUUGAUCAACCCGCUGGUACGGGAUUUUCAUUCACGGAAAAGGAAGCUGGUUAUGUAAAGAAUCAAGUUGAAGUAGGUCGUGACCUUUACAGUGCUCUUUCACAGUUUUUCCGUCUAUUCCCCGAAUGGAAAUCCAAUGAUUUUUACAUCACUGGUGAAUCUUAUGCUGGUAAAUAUAUUCCCGCCAUUGGUUAUAAAUUACAUCAAGAGAGAGAAUCGUCUGGAAUUAAUCUUAAGGGUAUCGCCAUUGGUAAUGGUCUUGUUUCCGGGGCUCUCAUGUUCCGUUACUCUGAUCUUCUUUAUCAAGUUGGUCUAUUUAAUUAUCGACAACGUGAAGCAGGAUUAGCUCUUGAAGCUCAAAUUCGUCAGGCAGCCGAUGAGGAACGUUGGGCUGAUUGUUUCAACUCUUUUGAUCAAUUGGUGUUCGGUGAUCGAGUUGUUUCCCUUCUUGCCAAUUCAUCAGGUAUCAGUAAUUACUACAACUUCCUGUUAACAAGUAGCCCAAUUGAAACAACUCGCUGGAUAAGUUAUGUAUCUUCCGAUGAGAUAAAGGAAGCAAUUCAUGUCGGUAAUCAAACAAUUACCAUUGGUCAGCAAGUGUACGAACAUCUUAUCAAUGAUUUCUGUCAAUCGGUUUCUUCUUGGUUGGAAAUUCUUGCCGACGCUGAUUAUGAGAUUUUACUCUAUUCUGGAGCUCUUGACAUUGUUGUCGGUGCUUCUUGUACUGAGACUCUCCUUCAAACCCUUCGUUGGAAAGGUUCUCAUGGUUUCAGUCAAGCUGAAAGAAAAAUUUGGCGAUCUAAAAGUGAUCCAUCCCAAGUCCAAGGUUUCGUUACUUCUUAUCAAAAUUUCCACUAUGCUGUGAUUCGUAAUGCUGGUCAUAUGGUCCCGACCGAUCAGCCCAAAGUUGCUUUCGAUAUGAUAAAUUUAUUCGUCCAACGAAAACUUGGAAAUUUAUAACCACAGUUCAUUGAUCUCCAUGAAUUCCAAUACAAUAAAUUAUCUAUGUUAACAAUUUAGAGAAAAAUGAUUAAACUGAAAUAAUAAAAGAAAAAUAUUACAAAGGUAAA